UGAGUACUUAGUUUUUCUUUUUGACUGUUAAGUCUAAAGGAAUACGAUUCUGUUUUAAGAGGCCUCUCGGCUUUUUUUUUUAUUCGUAAUCAGUUCUAGAUUUUUAAAAGCUCUUUACAAGAUAUAAAUAUGGAUAUUAGAAAAAUUAUCCCAUUUUUUUCUCUUCUAAAUACGCAGUAGGAAAAGUCGGUAUAGUCUAAGGGCAGAUCGAUAUUUUCCAUUUACCUAGUGUCAAGCGGAUUAUCGACUGGAUACUGUAGUUCUACUCCUUCUGUCUCUCUUCACUUUCAACUGUGUUUUUUUUUUCUCCGCAUACAAAAUGCUUUUGUAUUUUCUCUUUUAUUUUUUGUACUUUGCUACUUUUUUUCAAUAAUACAAUUCAUUAAUUUUUGUAAUUGUUUACAGCAAAUGUCAGCCUAUGGCCACUCGAAUGCUAUGUUACCAAACCAACGUCCUGUUCACCAGAUGGCACCAAUGUCAUCAGCGGGUGUUGGAGGUCCUAUGGUCAAUGGUAUGAUGAGGAAUAGGCAAGCUCCUUAUCCAACACCGCAGCAGUACAUGAUGCAGAAAAGAGGGCAAAACCCAAUGUCAUGGCAUCAGUACAAUGAUUAUUGUGCAACUGACCCUUAUCCUGGUAAUAUGCCUGCCGCUUAUACGCAACAACCGUAUAGCAAAUACGGUGGAGCUCCAGCCCAACAACCAUUGCCUGGUUCUUCACCGGUUUAUAAUCGACCAUAUCCUAAUCCUAAUCCUAUGUACCAUCAACGCAAUUAUAAUGGCCACUAUCCUCCGGGUGGUCCGGGAGGUGGUGGCGGAGGAGGUUACUAUCACAAUAUACCUGGUCCCGCUCCACCUGGAGUUCCUACACCGCCUGUUACGCCUUCAACGCCUAGCGCUGUUCCGUGUCCGGGUCCUGGACCCUACAAUCAAGACGUCAAACCGCACAUAAAACAAGAAAUGGUGCAGGAAGAACUACGAUUAACGUUCCCAGUUCGAGACGGGGUUGUUCUACCGCCAUUUCGGUUGGAGCAUAAUUUAGCCGUAUCAAAUCACGUAUUCCAUUUACGGGAGAGUGUUUAUAAUACGCUUAUGUGGCGACCCGAUCUGGAAUUGCAGCUGAAAUGCUUCCAUCACGAGGACAGGGCUAUGAACACUAAUUGGCCAGCCUCUGUUGCAGUUUCAGUCAAUGCCACACCACUCCAUAUCCAAAGGUCGUCAGACGUCAAGUCAUCGACACACAAGCCACUCUACCUGAAAAAUGUCUGCUGUCCUAACCGCAAUACAAUCCAGAUAACUGUAACCGCCUGUUGCUGUUCCCACCUCUUUGUACUGCAGCUCGUCCAUCGACCAUCGGUACGGUCAGUACUGCAAGGUUUAUUACGGAAGCGUAUGCUGCCUAUAGAGAAUUGCGUCCAAAAAGUGAAAAAAUGGUUCGGUAACGGUCAAGGAAGUAUGGGAGAGGAGGGAGUUGAACAAACAGCGACGAGAGUUUCGUUGAAAUGCCCGGUCACUUAUAGAAAGAUACAAUUGCCUGCCAGGGGGCACGACUGCAGACACAUUCAGUGUUUCGACCUGGAGACAUAUUUGCAGAUGAACUGUGAGAGGCCGACUUGGAAAUGUCCGGUCUGUAAUAAAAAUGCCCAAUUAGAAGGUCUAGAAAUAGAUCAAUAUAUGUGGAGUAUACUGCAGCAAUUGGCCAAGAAUGAUUUCGACGAAGUAACAAUAGAAGCAAAUGCCAAUUGGAAACCCGUUAUACAAGUGAAAAUGGAAAGUGCUUCCGACUGUGGUCGGUGGAUGAAGUCCAAUAGUCCUGGAUCUAUGAAAUCGCCAAAUAUGGCACAAUGGGAGAAUCAACCCCAAAGUCCCGCCUUUUCUCAGGUUCCCGCUUCCGGGCCGGCUACUCCCGGCCAACCGUUAACGCCCGCCACGACCCCUCAGGGUCAGCAACAACCUCCAACACCCGGUACAGUGGGUUCACCCGCCACGCCAGGAACAAAUACAAAUCCGGCUUUCCCUCCAGUGGGUACACCAGAUUUCUUAGCCCCAUUGUCCCAUCGGUCAGAAGCGGGUCCGCCUGCAGAAUCACCAGCUCCGCCAACGCCAUCAGAACAACAAUCCCAGCAACAGAACAAUAAUAUCGACUCCAAUUUGGAUAAUAUAAGUCCAGAUGAAAAUAUAGAAAAUGUAAGUAUUGAAACAAAUUUUUAUUAUUGUUGUAAUAAUCUUUUAUGAUAAAAACUUACUAUCCGGAAGUUGAUUGGCAAAUAGUGAAAAUUUAACAUUUACCUAUAAAAAAAAAAAGCGACGAGACAAAAAAAACCGAACAUUAAAAAUACGCUUUUUAUUCUUUCGAAUUGUUAUCCUUUUUUAUUGUUUUUUUUUUUACUUGGUUACCUAUUUCUAUUCUCUCUUAUUAUUCGUUAUCAAUAGAGAACUAAGGAGUAGAACAAACAGAAUGUCACACACAACCAUAUAUACAAACGCACGCAACACUAGCCGCUAUUACGAUAAAAUAAACACCCGGCAAAACAAUUUCAUACAUUAAAAAGUAAUUUUCUAUAAAAUGGAUUUUCUUUUUUAAUUUUGCAGAUAUUUGGAGAAACGGAAUUAACCGAUCCAAAUGAGUUAUUGAAAUAUUUAGAUUUUGGGUGACACUGACCCGAUGGAACUUCUUGAUUACUUAGGGCCGAAUAAUAACAGUAACGGUGCGAAUGCAAAUGACGAUUUAAAUUUGUUUGAUUUAAAAUUCGAGUAACAAAAAGAGCACAAAGAGCCCUCACCAUAUAAAUUCAUAUACAUUCUCUCUUUCCCUCUCUCUCUCUCUCUCUCACUCUCUCUCUAACUCUCUCAUAAAACAAAACGCUUCAUUCAAAAAUCUACAUAACCAUCUUAACAUUUGACAAGUUUAGCAAAAAAAGAAAGAAAAAACAAAGAGAUGUACAUAUAUAUAUAUAUAUAUAUUAUACAUCUAAAUGUCCGACUCCUUUCAUUGAAUAAGAGAGGUUUAAGUUUAUUAUUGAGACAAAAGUUUAUUUAAACUAAAAGAAAAAAAAAAUCUGAACAAAGAAAGACACAGAAAGCGAUUUAAAAGAUUUUGAUAUAAUUUUGUUUUUUCUCUUCCGUUCAAAAAAAAUCUUUAUAUUUCUUUUUUUUUUGUUUUAAAAGAAAAUAUUAAUAAUUCCAAAAAAUUGUACGGAAAAUAAAAAGAAUACGUCUAAUAAAAAAAAAACUCCACAUUUACAUUAAAAAAGUUAGGGCUCUUUGAAUUUUUGCCAUACAAACUGUCUUUUCUCUUUGAAUAGUUUAGAAGAAGAACUGAACAAAAUUCUCUUUAUCAUGUAUACAUAUAUGUCUACGUCGUGCAAUUUUUUUGUAAAUAUGUCCUUUUUCGAUGAGUAUUUAUUGAUCAUGACUAAUGUGUACAUAAUGUUACGACCAUGUAUUGUUCUACUUAGGCAAGGACGUAUCCACGGUGGGCCUAAAAAAAUAACAAUGAAACAAACAAAAAAAAAACAAAGAGUUUUGGUUCAAAUAAUAAAAAAGAUUAAAACGAAAAGGUAUAAAGGAAAAGAGUUUUUUAAGAGACUGCCUAUUGUAGCGUAUUAAAUAUACCUCUGUCUAUCUCUAUCUCUUUUUUUGUAUCUUAAUCCUUCCUGGAUACGCCCCUGUCUCCUCCCAAGCUUUCAGUGUUUUAAAGGAAAAUAUCUUGUACAGUUUUAAAAAGGAAUUUUUUUUCUGACAAAAAAUGUUGAUCCUGCAUUUUAUCAACAAAAAUUUGAAAAUAAUGUCAAAAUGUACAUGUAUUUAUUUUUUAAGAGAUUCUAGUGUUUUCUAUUUGUUUUUUUUUUUUCUCUCUCUCUCUCUCUCUCUCUCUCUCGGUUGAAUUUGUUCUCUUCUUUCGAUCUCUCCCCGUUUUUUUUAUUCAAAGGUUCAGAACGUAACAACAACAACAACAAAAAAAGACAAAAAACUAUCGAGUUAUUAACUAAGAGAACGAAAAAUACGCAACAGUUUGUUUCAAUACAGUGUUGCCUAUUUUAUCAACUUUUUCUUUUUUAUUUUUUUUGUUGAGUUGAAUGAUAUCACACGUCAUUAUUAUUAAUUAUUCAAGUAAAACGUUCAAAAGAUAAGGAAAGGAAAAGAAAAAGAAAAAAAAACUAGGAGAUAUAAAAGAUAAAGGAUUAAACUUUUUCCUUUUUUUAUUAUUAUUAUUAAAAUUAAUUUUUAUUAUUCAUAUAAACAAAAAAGAAAGAAGAAAAAACGAUAGAAAAUGUAUGGAAAUAUUUUACCUAUAUUUUCACAAGCACAUACGCAUUGCCCUACACAUUGCAUACAAUUUACGUACAUAACAGACAGACACAAAACAAACUACCGGAUUUAAAAAGAUGACGUCAAAUGGGGGAAACGAUGUGAAAUUUAUUGGAGAGUCAAAACACUUGAAUUAUAGACAAAAAUUUGAAUAUUUCUAUACAUUUUUCUCUCUUUUUUAAACGUUUCUAAUGCAAAGUGUAAUAAGAAAAAAAGUAUAACGAAAAGCAUUGAAAACUCUAUUAAAAGUUGAAAGGAGAAAAGGCAAAAAAUGUAAAACAUUAAACAUAUUGAAAAGAGGGAAGGAAACAAAAAUAUGAACAGUUUUUGUCUUUUUUUCUUAUAUUAAUUUACUUUUUUCUUUGAAUAAAUAUAAAAAAAAGAAAGAUUAUGUAAUGACACAUUUUAAUAAUUAUGACGUAUGGCUAAAUUAUGGACAAAAUGAUGCCUUAGCUGAACACUGUUACGUUUUAUUUCUUUUUUUGUAUAGAGAUUUUUAAAUUAACGGUCCAGAGCUAUUGAAAGAGGUCAGAAAUAAUUUAUUCUGUUUCUCAUCUUGUGCUAUAUUCAUAUAUAUUAUAUAUAUAUAUUCAUAUAUAUGUAUGCAUAUACUUAUAUCUAUAUAUACGUGUAUAUAGAGAUAUAUGUAUAAAAAAAAUUGUAUACAUUUGUUUAUGUUCUAUUUUUCUUUAUGGCAAAGUUUUUGACGUCGAUUGCAAAAUCUGGACCAUUGCUUAUUCUAUUCUUAUUCUGCACGAAUGGUAAUAAGUUAUUAAGGAAGCUUCCGUUGAUGAAAUUUGUACAUUCUGUUUAUUUUUUUGGCAAUAUAAUUUUUCUCAUAUACUAUU